AUGUCGCAGACAAUUACAUCGUUAGAUCCGAACUGUGUUAUUGUAUUCAACAAUACUUCAAGUGCUAAUGAGAAAAGUUUGCGCAUUGAAUUCAAACGUUUAAACAUUCAUUCUGUCAUCGAACCCGGCCAUGAUUUAAAGACGAGUUAUGCGUUCAUUAGAAUUCAACAGGAUGAUGCGAAGCUGCUUUUUUCGUUUUUACAAAAUCUGGACUUCAUUGAAUCGAUUAUACCAUAUCACGAUACUGAGCUGUCCAAUGAUUUGCAUAAACUGAUCUCUAAAAGCAAGUCAAAAAUAUUAGAGACUCCAAAACAGUACGAGCUGUAUAACUUAUCGAAUUUAACCAAUAAUCCGAAACAGGCCUUAUAUUUUGCAUUCUUACAAAGCUAUAUAAAAUGGUUGAUUCCUUUCUCCUUUUUUGGGUUAUCGAUUAGAUUUUUAUCUAAUUUUACAUAUGAGUUCAAUUCCACAUACUCAUUGUUCACCGUUUUAUGGACUCUAUCGUUUGCAGCGUUUUGGCUUUACAAAUAUGAACCAUUCUGGUCUGAUAGAUUGAGUAAAUACUCUUCAUUUUCUACCGUUGAAUUUCUUUGUGAUAAGCAGAAAGCCCCAAGAAAUGCCGGUUCAGUAACCAUGUUGAAAAAAUGGUGUUUCAUUCCCAUUGCUUUGCUCUUCGGUACUGUAUUACUAUCGUUUCAGUUAUAUUGUUUCGCAUUGGAGAUUUUCAUCAAGCAAAUAUACAACGGUCCAUUUGUUUCUAUUUUAUCAUUUUUGCCCACUAUAUUAAUUUGCACGUUUACUCCAGCUUUAACGAUAGUUUAUAACAAAUAUUUUGUAGAACCAAUGACGAAAUGGGAAAAUCAUAAUAGUGUUUCGAGUGCCAAAAAAUCUAAAGAAGCAAAGAACUUUGUUAUUGUUUUCUUGUCCAGUUAUGUUCCGUUAUUAAUUACAUUAUUCCUUUACCUUCCAAUGGGACAUUUGUUAACGACUGAAAUAAGAGUCAAAUUCUUUAAUGCCUUCUCAAUGUUGGCCCGUUUACCUACCCAUGAUUCUGAUUUUGUUAUUGAUACAAAGCGUUAUGAAGGCCAAUUUUUCUAUUUUAUUGUCAUCAAUCAAGUGAUUCAAUUCAGCAUGGAAAAUUUUGUUCCAAGUCUUGUCAGUAUUGUCCAACAGAAAAUCAAUGGACCAAAUCCUAACUUUGUCAAAGCCGAGAAUGAAAUCAGCAAGAAUCAACUAAGUCCAUCCGAUAUGAAAAUCUGGUCAAAGAUUAAAUUGUAUGAAACAGACCCAUGGGGAGCAACAUUCGAUCUGGAUGCAAACCUUAAGAAGCUCCUUUUGCAAUUUGGGUAUCUCGUCAUGUUUUCUACAAUUUGGCCACUAGCUCCAUUCAUCUGUCUGGUAGUUAAUUUGGUUGUUUAUCAAGUCGAUCUAAGAAAAGCUGUUCUUUACAGCAAACCUGAAUAUUUCUCUUUUCCGAUUUACGACAAGCUGUCCUCCGUUUCCCUAACCAAAAAAUUGACGGUUGGUUUGUGGAACUCUGUCUUGGUUACUUUUGCCAUCUUAGGUUCCGUCAUCACCGCCACAUUGACCUAUAUGUAUCAAAAUUGCAAUCUACCAGAUGUCGGCGUUCGUACUUCGAUUCAGACGAACAAGCUUUGGUACCUCGCAAAUCCAAUGAAUCAUUCAUGGACAAAUAUUGUAUUAUAUGCAGUUUUUAUCGAACAUGUCAGUAUUGCCGCUUUUUUCCUGUUCUCUAGUAUUUUGAGAUCUUCCCAUGAUGAUGUUUCAAACGGCAUUGUGCCAAUGAAUGUGAUAAACGUGCAAACCUCCUCCAAACAAGAAUCUUUUGAGAAUAUUCCUUCUCCUAAUUUCAGCUCUGAUAACGAGAAAGAAUUAAUUCAAAGAAGAAGGCCUUCCAAAGAGAGUUUGCCUCAUGAAGCCAACGGGGAACAGCCUGUCUCUGAUGCAAAGGGCUUUGAGACACAAGAUAUUGCACCAUUCCAAAAUGAUCCAUCCUCUUUAUCCUCUACCUCACCAUCAUCCUCCUCUUCGUCUGCUAGCGGAGCCGAUGCACCCAAAUCUGUAGACAAUAAUACAGCUGAAUCUUCUGGUGAAAAGCCAUUGGCCUCAGAUAACAGCGAAAAGAGAAACUCUUUGGUGAAAGUGCCAACCGUUGGAUCAUAUGGGGUUGCAGGCGCUACAUUACCUGAAACGAUCCCAACCUCUAAAAACUACUACUUGAGAUUCGACGAUGAUGGAAAAUCUAUUAAGGACGUGAAAUCCAGUGCAGAAGCUUCGAACGUCACCAAUAUCAACGCUUUAGACACUAAAAGUAAGCUUUUGCCUAAUGGCAACGCCUCAGACGCACUCAGGAGAAAAAUUGAUCAAAUACCAAAAAUUGCUGUCACUGGCGGUGAAGGUAACGAUGACAGCCAAGUCAAGGACGACCAUACCACGAAAACCCCUGUAUCAAAGGAUGUGAACAUCAAGCCCGUUGUCGCUACAAGUGUUAAUGAUGUUCAGUCUAAGGCUUCAAUGACUACUGAGCAAACGAAGAGGACUGAGGUGAGUAAUAAGAACGGCCCAACAAGAUCAAUUUCCACGAAGGAAACGAAAGAAUCUACAAGACCAUCGAAUAACAAUACCACCAUUAAUGCUACUCAACCCCACCACCACAAUCACCACCACCACAAUCACAAUCGCGAUGCAGGAGCAAAGAAUGUCACGAACAAUGCCAAGACGACUGAAUCCUCUUCUUCUUCAUCCGCGACAAAAGAAAAGCCAAAACACAAAAAGGGGUUAUUGCAUAAGCUAAAAAAGAAACUCUAA